AUGCUGUCCUGGAAAAGCAACUCUACCAACAACCACAACUAUUCCGACACCCUUCUUAGAGGGGCCACAGCGUCUAGCAGCGCGAUUUCAUCCCCGCCGUUUGUACAAACACGCCUACCACCCAUCAUGCGCGUUAACCAGCACCUUGGCACCGCCGCACUGCUUGUGGCAAACUGUGGGACGCGCUGCUUCUAUGCACUCGCCCAACCUAUCGAUUCUCUCGCACACACCGGCAGCGACUUGAACGUCGACCCCCAAGUUAUCAAGGCGGGAGAGUCUAAGUCGUACGAGCACAUCUACUCUUGGGAACCAUCGAAGCGGCAGUCGAAGAAAAGGGAGGACGGCAACGAUGCUGGAGGAGAGCCCAUUGGAGAUGCCUCAGUCCAGGUGUCUGAGACCCACCCCGCCAGGGGUGACAAGCAACGCGACGACAGCGGGCACACCCACCGACUACUAUUCGAUUCUCGCGACGGCGACUCAGGCAUUCGAUGGGCGUAUGGCGAAAGGCAAGGCAGAUGGAAGGAGAUUAGAGCUAACGAAAACGCAGUUCGAGAGCACCCCUUUUACGGUUGA